AUGGGGGAAGCUCCUAUUUCUGAACUACUACAUUACCCGGAGCGGGAGAUUCUCCGUAGAUACGAGCUGCGUCUCCUUCGUUGCACAUACUGUCCUCCAUCCAUGGAUUCUCUAUUUCAAUGCCAAUCUUCACCGUCCGAUGUCCUUUCUCUUAGCAGCAAGCAACACGAAUCUAUCAAUCAAGUUCUCAGCUAUAUCGAGGACGGCGACUAUCUCCAAGCUCUGUCCCUGGAUGUGGCUACUGAGCUCCUUUCCCUUGGCGUUGCUGAGGAGAAUGAGAAUGACGCCGAUGAUCAGGUUUGCUCCAAGUUGCUGGCACACGUUGAAAGGUUCGUGAUGAGUGGAAUUGGUAGCGACGAUUUUGACGAAAUUGCGUGCAGAGCGAUUUUCGUGUUGUGUAUUGGCGUUGCCGCGCUUUUCUACUUCACUCAAUCCAAUAUUACCGGACCAUUGGAUGAGGUAUCUUCACCGCCUCUGCCAUUCCAAUUUGCUGAAGGUAGCAACAUGAUAGACUGGGAGACGUGGUCACGGAACCAGCUUAUGUCCGAGGGAGCUGACUUGCAUGGGAUGUGCUCUAACCUUCUGUAUAUAGUUUUGGCUAAAAUUUUGGUCAUGAAGACAAAAGAUUUGUUAUGUGAAGGAAGUGUUUCUUCUACAUAUGCGGUCAGAAGCACUUCAUGGUGGCUCUCUAGGCUGUUAUUUACUGAACAGAGAGUUUUAAGCCAGCCGUCUUCUUUACUUUUUGAUCUGUUGCAAGUAUCUGUGAGCGAAACACUAAAUCAUUUUGGCACCGUGGAAAAAGUGUCAAACUAUUGGGGUGCUAACUUACUUGGUGAAGAAGCUUCUACUCUUGUCUCGGUUGCCCACUUGGAGGCUGGAAUUAUACAGCGGCUCUAUGGACUUGUUGAUUCAGCAAGAAAGCAUAUCGGUUCAGCUGAAGCUGCUGCAGGGCUUCAGUUAUCCGUUACUGGAGUUCUUGGAUAUCGUAAUGAUCCUCAAGUAAAACCUACGGCUCAGAGGGUGCUUCUUUUGAACAGAACCUCAUUAAGCAAUGGUGGUGGUGGUUCCUCGGCGAGAUAUAAUCCACUGUCUAAACUUGUUGAAGAUAGUUUGGAUCCACAAAAAACAGACGAGUCUGAAUCGUGUGAUAUACUUAAGAAACCGAUAUUGUUCGAUAAGGGAUGUAAAGUUGGAACCGCGUUGCUGCAAGAUGAGAUAUGUGGUCCUUCUCUUUUAAGUCCAACCCAACAAGCAGUUAUCUUGACCCAUUGCUAUAUGAUUCAGAAAGGCUCUCAGCAUGACGAAUUGACAAAAUGGGAUGUUGCUCCAUUUGUCGAGGCAAUUGAUUCUCAGCCAUCAUCAUUGUUUACUCUAGAAUUUUUUUGUAACCUCUUGCGUGUACGUUGGGAGUCAACUCGUAGCAACACUAAACUUCGCGCAGUAGAGAUGAUGGGAAAGCUGGUCGAGAAUCUUGAAAAGUCUUUUCCUGGAGUGGCACGGAGGAUUCCGUUUUGCUAUGUAGCUAAUUUCCCUACAAUUCCAACUCUAAAAAAGGAAUAUGGUGAACUCCUUUUGAGCUGUGGCUUGGUAGGGGAGGCAAUUAAAAUCUUUGAGGCUUUGCAGUUAUGGGACAAUCUGAUACAGUGCAAAUGCUUACUGGGGCAGAAAACAGCUGCGGUUGAGCUCAUUAAGAUGCGCUCUCUGAAAUGCCUAACGACUCAAGGUUAUGAUUUCAUGUGUUCCUUGGGUGAUGUAACAAAUGAUGAUAGCUGCUAUGAAAAGGCUCUUAAGGUUUCCAACUAUAACUCAGCUAGAGCCAUGCGUGCUCUGGCCCGAAGCGCUUACAACAGAGGGGUGUAUGAGCAAUCUAAAACGCUUUGGGAAUCUGCGAUGGCCUUGAAUUCCUUAAAUCCAGAUGGUUGGUUUGCUCUCGGUGCCGCUGCAUUGAAGAAAAUAAUUGUUACUUGGCAGGCCGUGGAAGCUCUACAGAGAGUUGCAGAUAUCACUGGUAAAAGAAUCGAUGUAAAGUUAGUGGUGCGGAUCAUGGAAGAAAUGGAAAGAAGAAAUUCAAGUAUCGGUUCAAGGAUACCCUUAUCUAGCUAUGAGAAUGAGCCCACUAGUCAAAGUGGCAACCCUGUUUGUAGCACAGAAGCAGAAGGAAAUGUGAGCGAAACUUUGCUGUUGCUGGAACUGCUGGGGAAAAUUCUACAGAAGAUGGUGAAAAAUGUGAGCAGACCGGAGAUUUGGGGAUUGUAUGCCAGGUGGCAUAAAAUCAAAGGAGAUCCCAUUAUGUGCUCUGAAGCCCUAUUGAAGCAAAUCAGAGGGUAUCAGGGCUCUGAUCUAUGGAAAGAUAGCGAUCGAUUCAAGAAGUUUGCCCAUGCUUCGGUGGAACUAUGCGAAGUGUACAUGGACAUGUCUGCAUCAACAAGUAGCUGUACGAAACUCUCAUCAGCUGAGAUGCACUUGAGUAACACUAUUAGACAGGCAAAGAGCUUCUCGGACACACAAGAAUUUCAGGAUCUUCAAGCUUGUCUGGAUACGGUUAGGGCGAAACUUAAAUCUCGUACCACGUUAGCUCCAUAGUUUUCAGAAUCUUCACAAAACGACUUUCAUCUUGGGAACGAGGCCGAAGAUACGUGCAUGUACAAAAUUGGCUGUAGUUUCCAUCUUCAAGAUUUUGAAGUUCAAUAGUUACUUGUCCACGUCGUUUUUAAUCCAAUGAGCCAUCGACGGGU